AUGAAGACUACCAAUCUCGCAACCUUGUGUGCAUUGUUUGCGGCGGCUACACUGGCCCUGCCAGCCGGAGAUCUUGAAGCCCGAGUUCUACAACCCCAAGUUUAUGGCCGGACCUGCUACUGCGGCGAUAAUUGUAACACGGUCAGCUGGCUAUACGCUUGGGAAUGGGCUGACGGGUCAUGCUUCAACUUUUAUACGGGCAUGGCGGCCGCGUGGAUUGAUGCCGGAUCAGCGUGCACCUUCUACAAUGCGCCUAAUUGUCAGGGCUCCUACAUGGGUUCCUCGAGCAAGUGUACCAAUUCAGAUGUUGGCUGGCUUUGGUCUGCAACGUGCCAUCGGUGA